GGAUCUUAGUUGACGUGUAUUUAGGGCUUGCGGAGUGGUGACGUGUCUUUCAAGCGCUCCGACGGCGCACCAGACCCCUCGGAGCACACCUUCUCACCGAGUCUCACACCGCGAGCACCAGCAGCAGCAUCGCCAUGGGCAUUAAAUUCUUGGAGGUCAUCAAGCCGUUCUGUGCGGUUUUACCCGAGAUCCAGAAGCCAGAACGGAAGAUCCAGUUUAGAGAAAAAGUGCUAUGGACAGCCAUUACCUUGUUCAUCUUUCUCGUCUGCUGCCAGAUCCCUCUAUUUGGGAUCAUGUCUUCAGACUCGGCAGAUCCAUUCUACUGGAUGAGAGUCAUUCUGGCAUCCAACAGAGGUACUCUGAUGGAGUUGGGCAUCUCUCCCAUAGUCACCUCGGGCCUAAUCAUGCAACUGCUGGCUGGAGCCAAAAUCAUAGAGGUUGGAGACACGCCAAAAGACCGAGCGCUGUUUAACGGAGCCCAGAAAUUGUUCGGGAUGAUCAUCACGAUUGGCCAGGCGAUAGUGUACGUGAUGACUGGCAUGUAUGGAGACCCGUCAGAAAUGGGAGCCGGGAUCUGUCUCCUCAUCAUCAUUCAGCUGUUUGUGGCCGGUCUGAUCGUCCUGCUGCUGGACGAACUGCUUCAGAAAGGAUAUGGCUUGGGCUCCGGUAUCUCCCUCUUCAUCGCCACCAACAUCUGUGAGACUAUCGUAUGGAAAGCAUUCAGUCCAACGACGGUGAACACGGGCAGAGGCACCGAGUUUGAGGGCGCCAUCAUCGCCCUGUUCCACUUGCUGGCCACUAGGACUGAUAAAGUGCGUGCUCUGAGAGAGGCCUUCUACAGACAGAACCUGCCCAACCUCAUGAACCUCAUUGCCACCAUCUUUGUGUUUGCUGUGGUCAUAUACUUCCAGGGUUUCAGAGUUGAUCUGCCAAUCAAGUCUGCGCGCUACCGUGGCCAAUACAACACCUAUCCCAUCAAGCUGUUCUACACCUCGAAUAUUCCCAUCAUUCUGCAGUCUGCACUGGUGUCCAACCUCUACGUCAUCUCUCAGAUGCUCUCCACUCGAUUCAGCGGCAACUUCCUGGUUAACCUGCUGGGAACCUGGUCUGACGCAACAACCGGCGGACCCGCUCGCGCCUACCCAGUCGGUGGUCUGUGUUACUACCUCUCUCCUCCGGAAUCGUUCGGCUCGGUGUUAGACGAUCCGGUCCACGCAGUCAUCUACAUCGUCUUCAUGCUGGGCUCCUGCGCGUUCUUUUCCAAAACGUGGAUCGAGGUUUCUGGGUCAUCUGCCAAAGACGUGGCUAAACAGCUUAAAGAGCAGCAGAUGGUGAUGAGAGGACACCGAGAGACGUCCAUGGUGCACGAACUUAACAGAUACAUCCCUACGGCGGCUGCGUUCGGCGGCCUGUGCAUCGGCGGUCUCUCUGUCAUGGCCGACUUCCUGGGAGCGAUCGGCUCAGGGACUGGGAUCUUGCUGGCCGUCACCAUCAUCUACCAAUAUUUUGAGAUUUUCGUGAAAGAGCAGAGCGAAAUGGGCAGCAUGGGGGCGCUACUCUUCUAAUCCUCUUGCAAACCCGCAGGCGAACCUGCGAGACGCACCCUAAUCACCCCUUUUAUUAUUUUUUAUGAGUGUUAUUCCUUUUAUUUUAUAGCUGCGUCGGCACAGUGAGGUGAAGUGGUCCAUUCUGAACGGCCCGGUUUGGCUUCGAGACGGGGAGAGGGAGAUAUUUAUGGAGUGAUGAGUAAAGCUAGACUCUGUGAGCUCUGACGAUAGUCGAUGGGUAAAACCAUUUACCCCCACACACCUUCCCCCCCCCUCCCCUUUCUUUCUUUCUUUUUCUUCCUUCCUUCCUUCUCUCCUUCGUACCCCCGGCUUGCUGUUCGACUGUAUUCAGUAUAGCCAUGGCAGUGCUCACUUCUCAGUCAUGCUCGGCCUCUCAUGUAAAAGUGUCGCGCGGGUUCUCCGCCACGUUUUCUUCCUUCCUUCCAGGCCGCUCUUAGUAUGACGCCACGGGAAAAUCCACACACUCGCAGGUUUAUAAUCAUUAUUAUUAUUAUUAUUACUAUUAUUACAAAAAACCAUUAGAUUUUCAGCUGUCAAAUCCAACCGUAUGCAUUUCGAGGACUUUUUUUUAAAGGUAGUGUUAUCCAGGCUUGAAGCUGUCUACAGAUAUAGUUCAAUCAUCCACGGACAAACCCUUCGGUUUUUUUUUUUUUGUUUGUUUUGUUUUCCUCCCGACUUUGUCUGUAUAUAUGACGAAAUGUGCCACCACAUUUUUUCAAUAUGUAUAAAGAAAUGCUCAACCAUUCGUCUUUUGGGGGGGAAAAAAAAAGUGCUCAUUCUCAAUAAAAGCUCUUUUUUGUGUAAA